CCAAUUUCGACGCCGCACGACGAACAAGGUCCAAGUCCCAACCUUCACAAUGGCUUCGCGACCUACCGUCUCCAUCAUCGGCAAAGAUGGUGCUCCCACUGGAGCUACCCACGCCAUUCCCGCCGUCUUCACCAGCCCGAUCCGACCGGACAUUGUCCAGCAGGUUCACACCGGUAUCGCCAAGAACAAGCGACAGCCCUAUGCUGUGAGCGAGAAGGCUGGUCACCAGACCUCUGCUGAGUCCUGGGGAACUGGUCGUGCCGUCGCCCGUAUCCCCCGUGUCUCUGGUGGUGGUACCCACCGUGCUGGUCAGGCCGCCUUCGGUAACAUGUGCCGUUCCGGUCGCAUGUUCGCCCCUACCAAGAUCUGGCGCAAGUGGCACAUCAAGGUCAACCAGGGCCAGAAGCGAUAUGCUGUCUGCUCCGCCCUGGCUGCCUCUGCUGCCGUUCCCCUGCUCCAGGCCCGUGGCCACCAGGUCAACUCCGUCCCCGAGGUUCCCCUGGUUGUCGACUCCGCUCUCUUCGAGGGUGCCGCUAUCGCCAAGACCGCUGCCGCUCUCGGCCUCCUGAAGGCUGUCGGUGCUGGUGCCGAUAUUGAGAAGGUCAAGAAGUCCAAGAAGCUCCGAGCUGGCAAGGGCAAGCUCCGUGGCCGCCGCCACCGCCAGCGACGUGGCCCUCUCGUCAUCUACGAUGCCGAGACCGACGGCAAGGAGCUCGUCACCGCUUUCCGCAACAUCCCCGGUGUCGAGACCUCCCCCGUCACCGCCCUCAACCUCCUCCAGCUCGCCCCUGGUGGUCACCUCGGCCGAUUCAUCGUCUGGACCUCUGCCGCCUUCAAGGCCCUCGACCAGAUCUACGGUUCCACCACCGAGGCCUCGGCCCACAAGCGUGACUUCCUCCUCCCCUCCAACGUUGUCUCCCAGGCCGAUCUCACCCGCCUGAUCAACAGCUCCGAAAUCCAGAGCUCCCUCAACGCUCCCAAGGGCGAGGCCGUCACCCGACGAUCUGCUGUCCAGAAGAAGAACCCCCUCAAGAACAAGCAGGUCAUGCUUCGCCUGAACCCCUACGCCUCCGUGUUCGCCCAGGAGGCUCAGAAGAAGCAGAACUAAGAUUCUCGACUUGCUGGGUGUGCAGCAGGCUGGGAGGGAAAUUGGUGACGGGUCUGGCAUGAUUUGAUAUCGAGGCGUAAUGGCUUCUGGAAGGUUGAGCUCUUAAAAAUGAAUCAGAGAUUUGAUAUGAAUUCCAGCCUAGACUCGGCAUUGGUUCCGUACUUUGAUGUUUAACGAUUGAGCGUUGUGAAUUGCGUCA